AUGAGUGCAGCGCCGCCCUAUGUGCGUGCAAGUGGGCGUAGAACCAGUGACUCUGUUGUGGACGCCAGCAGAGCAGACACAGCUUCAACAGUGAGCGCCAACCGUCGUUUGCAGACGCUCCUCGAUCACUGGAUUAGACGGGGCUGUGUCACCGAGGUAAGUGGCCCGCGAGGUGUCGGAAAAACUCACCUUGCGCUGGCAUGUGCAUGUCGCGCCAUCCGAGACAACGCUGAGGUUAUCAUUCUGGAUACAGAAGGUGGUAUGACUUCGGACCGGCUCCAGCGCAUAGAGCCUUCUGUAGCGUCUCGAAUGCACCGUAUACAGUGCUUCCGUCCUAGCUCGAUGACAGAAGUAUUGGCGCUGGCUUACUGCAUGGAUGCAGGUGUAAUCGAUACAAGUCAGGUCGCUUUAGUUAUUGUAGACACCCUCGCGUCGGUUGUGCGAAGCGAAUUCGUGCCGGAUCGAUCACUGGCACGACUUGGUCUGCUCCUACAGCGACUGGCGCAUCAGACGAAUGCUAUCGUGCUGGUGCUGAACCAUGUCAGCUUUCGCAUUCUUGAAGCCGAAGGCCCACGUGAAGUUCCGUGUGUCGAGAGAAUAUGGGCAUCUCUCUGUACGGUGCGCAUACAGCUGAUAGGACGGGACCAGUACAUUGUAUGGAAAGGUCAUCAGCUUGAUCACGGGGGUGUUGUGUCCGAACGCUCGCAAGGAGACGGCUCAGUCGUUGGCUAUUCGCAACCGCACAGAUCAGGGAACGAUACGCAGCCUUUCGAUGCAUCUGGAGCUGAGAAUCCGGCCUCGCAGCCAAGCGCUCAAUCGGAUACUUCUUGCAAGGAGCCUAGUGGAUCCAAUUAG